GAUGUGCGAAACUGGUGAUGAACUGUCUCUCAGCUUUCGACGAUCCGUCAAUGAAUCGGAUGUCUGUGGCAAUAUGUUCAAUUCUAGCAGCUAAAAUAUCAACAGUGGAAACGUCAAUGUUGGGAGCAAAGCCGCAAUAUAUGUCUAAAUUACUCUCAAUGGUCAGAUCAAAAAUUGAAUCAAAAUCAGUUGAUAUUACGAUGAGAUUUACACUGAGUGCCUUGUGGAAUUUAACGGAUGAGAGCGCAACAACUUGUAAAGUUUUCUUAGAAGAAGGUGGAAUGGAUUUGUUCUUGGAGGUGCUUGAAAGUUUCCAGGGUGAAUCCAGUAUCGAAACCAAAGUUUUAGGUCUGCUUAACAAUAUCGCUGAGGUUGGCCAAUUGAGGCAGAGACUUAUGCGGCCACGGUUCAUGAACAUGCUAUCGUUUUUGCUGGAUUCGGAACACAUUGACGUAUCUUACUUCGCAGCCGGUAUUGCUGCUCAUUUACUCAGUGAUGGUACACAUGCUUGGGAAAAUUGGACGACAGCGCCGACAGUUCCGAAUAGACAACAAUUGCUGGAGCAAUUGGGAAAGGCCGUAACUAAUUGGCAAACACCACAGGGUGAGAUGGUAGCUUACAGGAGUUUUCAACCAUUCUUUCCACUCUUGCGAUGCAGUGAGGCUUAUCCAGUACAAUUGUGGGCUGUAUGGGCUAUUCAUCAUGUCUGCACGAAGAACCCUAAACGCUAUUGUGGUAUGUUGGCUCGAGAGGGUGGCGCCGAAAUUUUACGUGGACUGGAGCAAAACAACGACAAGGGUGGAAUACAGCCGAACGUGAGGACCCUAUGUCGUUUAAUUUUAGAUACACUUGCAUUCCAUCUAUGCUAACAGUGUGACAUGCUGACGCUUGUCAUUUCAUGAAAUGUUGAAGUACCACAUCGUUGUGAUGGUACCCUAGUCAAUUGAAAAAAUCUCCUAACAAUGGACACUUUUUUUCAUAUAAUUAUAUCGAUCUCUUCUAAUUAAAAAACAAAGCGAAGAAUUUAAAGUACAAUUAUUUUCGACGAAAAAAUCUCGGAUUUGAUUACUUUAUCAUUUAAUUUUGGAUUAAUAUCUUUCUUGAUUGCAACUGUAAUUUUUUUAACAAGGAAAAAUGAAAAAAAAUCUGUAUUGAAACGACUUGAUACGUUCAAUCAAUGAAAUUAUUGUGCUCCGAUCUAACUAUUGAUAGUAAAUAAUUGUUUGUUUUUUCUGAAUUAUGUUUGUUGCUGCUCUCUCUCUCCCUCGCCAAACUGCUAUUAUAUCUAUUCAAUAAUCCUCUUGGUAGCAGGAAUAAAAUUGUAAUAAAGUUAUGAGCCUCAAAAUAUGAAGUAUGGGUAAUAAAGAGACUUCAAAUUUGUUA